GAACGAAAAAAAAAAAAGGAGGAUAAAGAAUCCACUUUGUGCUUUCGCACCAAUUUUCUUUGCCUCCUUUCGCCGGGAAAGCAUCUUUCUCUCGUAGAAUUUCCUCCGGGUGUAUUCUUCUGCUGUGAAAUAGAGGCAACAGAAAGAAAGGAGAAGAAAUGCUCGAACAAGGAUUCCUGUGUCCGGGGUUCUUCGAAUCCCGGAGGAGGCUGAUGCCAAUUUUCCUCAGCGCGAUUUUUGCCGUCGCGCUGCUUUGGGCAGACAUCCAAGGCGUCGAUGGACAGCCCAAGAAAAUUGGAUUGAUGGAUCUGAACGUCUCUGGAAUAUUGGACGAGCUUCAAGAAGGAUAUGACAAAAGAAUACGACCCAACUACGGGGGUGAUCCUGUGGAAGUCGGAGUCACCAUGUAUGUCCUCAGUAUAUCAAAGGUCUCCGAAGUGCAAAUGGACUUCACUCUGGAUUUCUACUUCCGGCAAUACUGGAAGGACCCGCGUCUGGCGUUCGACGGGAUCCUGAAACGGAAGCAGGAGCAGAACCCGGAUAUCCAGUUGCCUGCCCUUGAUAUCCUCACAGUGGGUGCGGAGUACAUCAAGAAGAUCUGGGUACCCGACACGUUUUUCGUGAAUGAGAAAGAGUCGUAUUGGCACACUGCAACCACGUCCAACGAGUUCCUCCGCAUAGAGAAAGACGGCGACGACUUCACUCUGGAUUUCUACUUCCGGCAAUACUGGAAGGACCCGCGUCUGGCGUUCGACGGGAUCCUGAAACGGAAGCAGGAGCAGAACCCGGAUAUCCAGUUGCCUGCCCUUGAUAUCCUCACAGUGGGUGCGGAGUACAUCAAGAAGAUCUGGGUACCCGACACGUUUUUCGUGAAUGAGAAAGAGUCGUAUUGGCACACUGCAACCACGUCCAACGAGUUCCUCCGCAUAGAGAAAGACGGCGACGUUUUUCGCAGCAUUCGGUUGACAAUCACUGCGUCGUGUCCGAUGGACUUGCAAUACUUCCCCAUGGAUCGCCAAUUAUGUACAAUCGAAAUCGAAAGUUUUGGUUACACGAUCUCGGACAUUAUGUAUAAUUGGCACUUGGGCUCCGACUCGGUGCGAGUGGCAGACGAGCUGCAGUUGCCCCAGUUUGAGAUCCUGGGCUAUAAACAAGUGCAGAAGCUUAUCACACUUUCAACAGUUGGUUACACUUUGAACGAUAUCAAGUACUCGUGGCAGAAUGGGCCAACGUCAGUGGGCAUGUCGAAGGACGUGUCUCUGCCGCAGUUCAAGGUACUGGGUUACCGCCAGAGGUCCAUGGAAAUCUCGUUGGCCUCAGUUGAUGGCGGAGGAGAGUCGCGGGCGUCGGUUGCGGCGGCGCCCCGGGGUUUUUUUUUUUUGCUGAUGAUUAUCGCCGCCACAGGGAACUAUUCGCGACUGGCUUGCGAGAUCCAGUUCGUGCGGUCCCUGGGGUUUUACCUGAUCCAGAUCUACAUUCCCUCGGGCCUGAUCGUGGUCAUUUCCUGGGUUUCCUUCUGGCUCCACCGGCAAGCUUCACCCGCCCGAGUGGCCCUAGGGGUCACCACUGUUCUGACCAUGACAACGCUGAUGUCGUCCACAAAUUCGGCGCUCCCGAAAAUAUCUUACGCAAAGUCUAUUGAUGUCUAUCUGGGAGUGUGCUUUGUGAUGGUCUUUGCAGCGUUACUAGGGAACUACUCGAGGCUGGCAUGCGAGAUACAGUUUGUUCGCUCCCUCGGCUUUUAUCUGAUUCAAAUUUACAUCCCAUCCACGUUGAUCGUGGUGAUAUCCUGGGUGUCCUUUUGGCUCCACCGCACUGCGUCUCCUGCUCGAGUGCAACUGGGAAUAACGACUGUGCUCACCAUGACUACCCUCAUGUCUUCAACAAACGCGGCUUUGCCCAAAAUUUCCUACGCAAAAUCCAUUGAUGUCUAUCUUGGCGUGUGCUUCGUCAUGGUCUUUACCGCACUUCUCGGAAACUACUCUCGCCUGGCUUGCGAGAUUCAGUUUGUGCGGUCCAUGGGCUACUACCUGAUUCAGAUUUAUAUCCCGUCUGGCCUCAUUGUGGUCAUUUCCUGGGUUUCCUUUUGGCUGAACCGAAAUGCCACGCCUGCCAGAGUUGCACUCGGCAUCACUACCGUGCUGACCAUGACCACUCUCAUGUCCUCAACCAACGCUGCUCUGCCAAAAAUAUCCUAUGCAAAAUCCAUUGACGUGUACCUGGGAGCUUGUUUCGUCAUGGUGUUCGCGUCUCUUCUUGGAGGCUGUUCGACCCUCUACGGAAGUCAUCCUCACGGUCCUCCUGUGCUGGACCCGGAAUGGACUCCGAAACAAACAGAGGUCCGGUAUAAAAUCAACGAUCCCAAGAUGCACACCAAGGGCGGCACGCUGGAGAAUACGGUGAACGGCGGGCGGGCCCGGAGCCACGGGCACAUCCAUUCCCAUACGCACGCCCACGCGCACGCACACGCCCACUCGUCGCUCGUGCACGGCCCGAUUGGCAGUCACNGUCUGAUGCCAGAAUACGCCACUGUGGGCUACAUCGGCAAGAGGAUCCAGAUGCGCAAGACACGUAUUUUGGCCAUGCAAAAAUUGGCAGAGAAGAAGAACCCUCCUCCGACAAGCUGGGAGAUGCCGAGUCAUCCUCACGGUCCUCCUGUGCUGGACCCGGAAUGGACUCCGAAACAAACAGAGGUCCGGUAUAAAAUCAACGAUCCCAAGAUGCACACCAAGGGCGGCACGCUGGAGAAUACGGUGAACGGCGGGCGGGCCCGGAGCCACGGGCACAUCCAUUCCCAUACGCACGCCCACGCGCACGCACACGCCCACUCGUCGCUCGUGCACGGCCCGAUUGGCAGUCACGGCGCCCUCGGCCCGCAUUCCCACCACACGCUGCCCGCGCAUGGCGUGGACCAUUAUGGCCGCGCCCGGCGCGAGCAGGAGUACCCCGAUGACGACAUCGAGGCGCCGCCUCCGGGCAGUGCACCUCCUGUGCCCGGCCCACCGCCUCCUGGACCUGUCCAGGUCACUGCAGCGGCCAUCUUACCACAUCACAACAAGGACCUCAACAAGCUCUAUGGCCUGACCCCGAGUGAUAUCGACAAAUACUCUCGCAUCGUGUUCCCCGUCUGCUUCGUGUGCUUCAACCUCAUGUACUGGAUCAUCUACCUGCACAUCAGCGAUUUCGUGGUCGACGACCUCGUUUUCCUCAACCCCGAGUGAAAGCCGUUCAUCUUUCAAAUCUUUUGCGAACAGGUUUCGCUCCUGUGCGCGCGCCCAUGUUUGCUCAACGGUCUCAUUCGUCACGUAUUCGCGACGUGCUGGAAGAAAAGGUUAUUGCUAGAAAGAGACAGAGAGACAAGAAAAAGGACGAAAAGGAAAGAGACGUGGUUCUAUGAGUAGAUGAACCAACGAGAGAGAGAGAAAAAAAAGAUUUGAUUAUGAGUUUUCCUCUGGAAGAAGGAAAUCGUAGAUUACCGAUUUAUUUUCAAAAAGAAAAAGGAAACGGUUUUUAUAUACAAGUGGGGGUGUUAACCGGCUCGCAUACUUACACGGCAUUGAUCCUUGCGACAAAGAUUACCUUUUCGGGCUUGUGAAAAAGAAAAGAAGAACCAAAUAUAGAGAAGAAAUGUUCCUCUGCAUUUCUUAAUCCGCAUCAGCAAAUUGGAAAGCAUUUUCUUAUUUUUUUCCCAGUAAGUAAUACAAAGUUUUAGAGGGUUUUCUUGUCUCAAAAUGUGCUGUUGAGUAACUUGAAGCUUCGAACUAUUGUAGAACAUGUUUUUUACAAUACUGUAUUUUCAACUAUAUCUGUAUGAUCACGAACACUUUUUAACAUUACCUAAACAAUAGUCCGUUUUCUCAAUAAAGUUACUUCUUAAAUUAAAACGGCUGAGAAAUAUUUCAUGGAACUUGUCCUUUCGAUAAAUAUAAUUAAUUUUCAGUCGCGUGCGUAAAAGCCUUUCACCUCCAAGAAAUUUCUGCUGAAGAUUUUAAUUUUUCCAACGCUAAAAAAUUGAAGCAAAGUUGUUUGGAUUUCCUUUGCUGAUGUUUGCUGAUGAGGAUUCAAGCGACUACAGAUGGAAUAAAAAUUUGGUGCUGCGUAAACACUAGCUCCCUUGAAAGAUACAUAAAGUUGAGUGUGAUUUUUUGCCCCGUUGGGCGAAUGAAAGAUUUCCAGGAUCUUCAUUCAAUUUUUUUAAUGCCAUAUCGGAGGCACACUUGUACGCAUUAAAAAAGAAAUGCUAGGAAAAUCAGCUCGCUUUCUCCCCGUAAGCAAAUAUUUCCCCAUUCGUCUGGACUUUCAGAGAGUUUUGAAAAUAGGGAAUGAAAACUGUUCGGUAGUUGUUGAUGAAAGAAAGGAGGAGAAGGUGGAGAAAAAGGCACACGAGUUGCUGUGAUUCAGUUCAGCGGAAGCUGUUUUUUUUUCGCGAAAAAGGGGGUAAAUUCGGAAGAAGAGUGGGAAAAAAGAGGGGGUGAAAAUGCUGUGUUCAUCGGAGCAAACGUUUCUUCGUCUGAGACACUCACGUUUUGUAUGAAAGACAGACUUUGAAGGCUUAGAAUAGACUGAUAUUCUCUCUUCGUUUCGCUGAAGUGAGGCAAGAGCUUCAAUGAUUUCUUCCCCGUUAUUUUUCUUUACGUUCGGCUGAAAGAAUUUGAGUUGAUACGUUUUUUUUUCUUUUCAAUAUUGCGAAUGAGGCUCAAGAGAAUUUUUUCUUGAUUGAUACUCUCGAUGCUCAACUGAUUGUAUGCGAGUGACUUUUUCCUGAGCAUAGGUGGUUUGUUCAAUGCUCUUCUUCGGCUCUAACCUUCGUGGAUGAUUAAAACAUCGCCACCUUUUUCCAACAAA